AUACCGGCUCAGUCUCGCUGUCUGGACAGAGCGACAGACGUUUCUUGUUAGUUGGAACACAGGUAAAGGUGGUCUCGGAGAGAGAGAGAGAGAGAGAGAAAGGGUGGAGUUAAAGGUGUUGUAUUUCUGUGUAGAUCAUACCUUUACAAGCUUUGGUGGUACUUUAGUAAGGUGGAUACAUUGGAGACCUAGAUCUGAUGGUGGAAUUUUAGUCAAGUGGAUACGUUGGAGACGUGGAUUGGAUGGUGGAAGUGUUCAAAGGCAGAAGUUGAAACAGUCAUGUGAUCUAGCCUAUGGACAUGUUGAUCGGUUAAUGCAGUGCCCAUAAUAUAUUGGGAGGCAAUGCGCGUGCUCACCAGACGCCAUUGUUAUUUCCCGUGAAAAGAAGUGGAGGAUUGCCUGAUCUGAACAAUAAACUGAUGUUACGAUGUCUCCAGAUGUGGCUGGGGUCCUCAAAGAUGAAAACACUUGAACCCCUGAGCCCCACAUCGGCAUUAAAACAAUGAUAUGGGAACAUAGUAUGGCUAUAGAAUGUUGGGAGACAUUUGGUGAUUUUUUACCAUGCAUGGGAUUUUAUUUCUGAUCUGUAUCUCCCAGGUCUUGACUGAAAUCAGAAGUGACCACUGGAAUGAAUGGUCAUCUUGGAGCGAGUGUUCCCGCACGUGUGGUGGGGGCGCCACCUACCAAGAAAGGAAAUGCCUGAGAAGUUCACGAAGUAAGGAAGGUUGUGAAGGAGAGAGGUUCAAAUACAACACCUGCAAUAAUGAGCCAUGUUCUCAAGAAGCUCAAGAUUUCAGAGCCCAGCAAUGUGCAGCCUACAACAACGCCACCUAUGGAGGUUCCCUGUACACAUGGCUACCAUACACUGACAGGAAGAGCCCUUGUACUCUCUAUUGCAUACCUAAAGGUACAAGGACAGUGGUCCGCCUGGCACCUAAAGUUUUAGAUGGAACAAGAUGCAAGUUCAAUGCUUUUGAUAUGUGUAUUAGCGGGAAAUGUUGGCCAGUUGGCUGUGAUCACAAAUUAGAUUCACCGCUUACUCAAGAUCUCUGUGGUGUUUGUGGUGGUAACAACUCAUGUUUAAACAAUGGUACAAAAGAGCGCUACCAUUGGGUUGACAUAGGACUGACACCUUGCUCCGCAUCAUGCGGUGUAGGGGUUCAACAUUAUCAAUAUAGAUGUCGUGAUAGACUAUCUGGCAACCAGGUACCAGAGGGUCGAUGUGCUAAGUCCCAGAAGCCUAGUGAAAAAGAAAAGACUUGUUUCAAAAGACAAUGUCCACCUGUGUGGAAGAUUUUUCCCUGGCAAGCCUGUAGUGUAAACUGUGGUGGAGGCUCAGCUACACGAGCUGUUAGGUGUAUGGAUACAUUGCCUGAUGGACGACAACACUGGCUACAUGACAGUUUUUGUCCACAACCAAAGCCAUCUACAGUACGACCUUGUAAUCCUCGGAUGUGCCCUCGUUGGUAUGCUGGAGAAUGGUCGCCAUGCAGUGUCACCUGUGGCUGGGGUGAACAGGUGAGAGAAGUGCUCUGUCGUCAUGAAGGUGACAUGUUUUGUGACUUGAAUGCCCAGCCAGUGACCAGAAGAAAUUGUACAACCAUUUUCUCCUGCACAGAUCCUGAUGAUCCACGCCUUGUUGCUGAACAUGAUGACUAUGCAGGUCAACAAGAACUCUCCUUUGGCAUAUCUCAUGUUAAAGCUGAUAUCGUUGUUGAUGCUACUGAAACUAAACACCUAGACUUGCCAAAAUACAUAGUCUCUGACUGGAGCCCUUGUUCAGCCACCUGCGGCAUAUCAGUACGUACCAGGUAUGUGAGAUGUCAGGUACAACUACAGUACUUAAAGCAAAUGGUAGAUUUACCUGAUGCAGAAUGUACAGAACCAAAACCAAACUUAAGUGAGCCUUGCAAUCUUGAACCAUGUUUUAAAGAUUUUAAAUGGAUUCCACAAGGCCUGACACCCUGUAGUAGAAGCUGUUUAGGAGGAACUCAGGAGACACAUCUAGUAUGUGUUCACAAGAUUUCAAAUUUAACUCAACCUGAUGAAAAUUGUAUACAUGCUGAAAAAUUUCCAAUUGAAAGAAAAGUUUGCAAUGAAAUUCCAUGUCCUCAAAGGUGGCGUAUUGGUGGCUUUGGUGAAUGUUCUAGAUCUUGUGGAGGUGGUCUGAUGAACAGAGAAGUGAAAUGUAUUCAGCAGAUUGAUGUGUCACUGGACAGAGUACUUAAUUUACCUGAUCUAAUGUGUGAACAGCCCGCUCCUCCAACAUCCAGAGACUGUAAUACACAGCCAUGUCCAGCUAACUGGGCAUUUGGACACUGGUCACAAUGCUCCGUGUCCUGUGGUGUUGGAAUAGAGCUACGUCCAGUGGUCUGUCAGAGGAUAACUCAAGAUGGUGAUCCACUAGAUGUGGAUGAGUAUCACUGUCCCCCCACAGAGAGACCUGAGGCUGAAAGAAUUUGUAAUAUGUCUGCCUGCCCAGAAUUGAAGAUAAAAGAGCUGCAAAUGAAGUUUUUUCAGAUGAACCCAAUGGACAAGGUUCGUUUAUUUGUUGGAGGUGAAGCUAGUAUAUUACCUGGUACUUCAGUAUUGAUAUUAUGUCCAGUCAAUGGAAAAGAUAAAAAGAAAAUUGAGUGGUUGAAAAAUGGGAAACCUGUCAGGCCAAAUGCUCAAAUUGCAAUCUCAAAAAGGGGGAACUUAAGAAUAAAAAAAGUUUGGCCUCGGACAGAUGACGGAAAGUACACUUGCGUGAUAGGCAAUAAAAAAUCUUCAAUAAAGAUGACUAUAAUUGAGUUCAUGCAUGCUAUGCAGGAAACAUUUCUACGAGAACAAUAUUUGCGAGGCUAUAUGAACAAUGACAGUGCAUCCCAUGUUGACCCUUAUGAUAAAAAGGUCAGACCUCUUCAGGUACUGGUCAGUGAAUGGUCUCCAUGCUCUACCACCUGUGGUCAUGGAGUCAAAAAAAGAAAAAUUUCCUGUGAGUUGAUAGCAGAAGAUUACUUUGAAGUUUUUCCAUUAAAAGUUUGCAAAAAAUAUGGAAUACAAAUACCAACAGUAAUGGAAAAGUGUAAUUUCAAACCAUGUACUAAAUGGGCAGCCGAUGAGUGGUCACAGUGCUUGAAUGAUAAAUGUCUGAAAAAAGAUUACUCUUACAAAGUCAGAACAGUCAAGUGUUUCAAUGAAAUGAAUUCUUCCAUUGUACAUGACAAGUAUUGCCACAAGGCAAGUAAACCUCCCACUCAGAAGGAAUGUAAGAACCCAGCCUGUCAACCUGUUUGGUACACAUCAGAGUGGACUGAGUGUUUGGCCAACUGUGGAGAAUCUGGCUAUCAGACCAGAAUGCUGAUGUGUGUCUGGGCAGGAGGGGAGCUGCCAGCUGGAAGGAACUGUGAAGGGUUAGCUCGACCUGUCCUCCUGCGCCCAUGUUUUAAUCACUGCACACAUGGUAUGUGGACUUCACAAUUAAAGCCAAAACCUCUAGAAUGUGUGGAUGAGAGCAACUACUGUAAAAUUGUGCCUGUCAUGAAACUGUGCAGGUUUAAAAACUUUCAAACCAAAUGCUGUCACAGUUGCAGCAGCAAGGCCCAGGACCCACCAUCUUGACAGUAAGAUCUAUAGGCUUUAUCAAGUUAUUUUUAUGAAACCAAAGUCCAUUUGUUUGGAAUGAAAAGAGCUUUCCUUUUAAUCAUCUUCACAAGCCCUAAUCAAAUGGCAAACACCUGAAACAAAACAAAAACAGAUGCUUUAGAACAGGUGGUAACAAUACAAAAUAAGUAUAUAAUAACAAGGGACUACAUUUGUUUCUGGCUCUCCACCCCCCCUUCCUUGAAGUAUAUUGUUAUCCUCCUCUGCUUAUACUCUAGAAACCUCCAUCUAGUAUUUUUAUAUGUUUUCAUUGUGGUGAUAAGACAUUAAGACUUCACUACAUAUGUAUAAUAUUUAAUAAGCUAUGACUAUUUCUACAAUUGUUUUUUUUUUUAUUUUAUUUAAGGUAUGACUAUUUGUACCAUUGUUUUUUUAUUUUAUUUAAUGUAUUACUGCUGAUAUUAUUGAUAUUGAAAUGCUCAUGUUACACUUUUUUUUUUUUGUUUGGCUGUUUAUUUUUUAUAUCAAAAAUGUCUGGAUUAUUUUUUUUUAACUUAAUAAGUUUCACCUAACACAAUGACUGUUGUGUUUAUCCUAAUCUGAAUCUGAAAUAUUCUAAAAUAAAAUAGGUUCUUUUCAAUCCAGAAAAACUAAAAUUAAAAAGCAUCAAGGUAAAAAAAUGGUCUAAAAGGUUCAUUUAAAAAAAUUAUUGUUCAGAAAGAAACUGAAGUCAUUGAAUGUUAAUCCAUUAUAUUCAUUUUUGUUUUCUUUUUUUUUUAAUCCAUUAUAGUUUUUUUUCCUAUUGGUUUAAAUUGAAUUUUAUUGAAAUUGCUUGGUGAAAAGACUUUUAUGACAAUGAUUGAAGACUUCCUAACCAUAUUCUCCUAGAUAUUUAUCAUAAACUGUGUAAAGUAUUUCAUGUGUCCAAAGUUCACAUAAUUUUUCCUAGAAAAAUGUAGCAGUAGCAUACUUUGUUAAAUUCAAUUGACGCAGAUAAAUUUGUCACAUGCACUGUAUUAAAUAAUUUUUUAUUUUUUUUUAUUGUUUUGUAAUGGUUUAAAAAAUUGUGUGAUUUGGUUUCCAUAAAAUUAAUAGCAUAUUUAUAGAGUAAAACCUAAUCAAAAUAUAAUAUUUUAAAAAUAUUGGUAGCCUAAUUAAUUAUCCAUGUUGUACAUACAAAUUAUCUUUUGUAGAGUUUGAUGUUCAAUUACAUCAUCUCAGUCUUGAUGGUUUAGUAAGCUGUACAUGUAAUAUAGUGAACAUUUAUAGUGGCUAAUACAGACUAUAUAUAAACAUAUAAUUAUUUGAUUUAGUCUUGCUUACUUUUGUUUUAAAAUGGAUUUGAAAUAAGUUUAGGGUGUUUCCAUUUAUUGCUUUUUGUGUGUGUAUUGAAAUAUAUGAAACUUUAUUUUUUUUUUAUUGAAUUAAAUUCUAGAAAUAUUUGCAAAUUAAAAAUGUUGAAGAUAUAACAUUUAUGGAGAACCACAACUACUCAUUUUAUGUAUAUAUCUGUAACAAUUAAAGCUAUGUAACUCUAUUGCCUUUAGUUACAAGCCAAAAGACAUAUACAAAAUAUCAAUUAACUUACAAAAUGAAUCAUUGAAAACUCUUGGUGCUAUUCAAUUUUUUUUGUGUUAAAACAAAACAAAAUGUUUGUGUAAUAUUCAAUGACCUGAACUGGAAGCUCAGAACAAGGUGCAAUAGAAAAUUAUUUGGAUAGGUCUUUUUCUAAUAAUUAGAUGACCUAACAUAGGAGAAGCCAUUACCAUUAAUGCUUUGAAUUCAGUGCUAGUACAUUCCACUUGUAUUUCUUGUGAGUUGUCCAAAGUAUGCAUUGUUCCCAACAUUGUACUACAACAUCCCAUAUAUCCUACUGACUGCAACAUACUUGAGUAACUUCUUUUUCUGAGAGUCUUGGUUUCUGUUGGCAGAGUACAAGAACUAAUAAAAACACUAAAUUAGAGUAACUAUUGAUUGCUUGACCCAGUUUUUCUAAUUAUUUAUGCAAAUGACAGUAGAGUUUCUAGUAUUUAUUAAUGUGAAUAAAAUAUAUUUAUGUUUGUAUGAUAUAAACCUGGGCAUGUUAUAGUUGCAAUUACAACAGAGGGAUACUAUUAGCCACCAAUUCUAACUUGAAUUGAAUAAAUGGGUAAUAAUACUCAUUUUGUUGUUCUAUCAACUUAUAGCGUAGGUCAUAGUUUUUUUAGUCUAAGGGCUUAUCAUUUGUUCAAAAUAGAUUUAUAUCUAUAAUGUACUUAAAUAAAACAUUUUUCAAGGGCCAGUGGGUAUAAUAUAAAAGUAUGGCAAUAAACAUGAUUAUGUGAGUUUUCAGUCCAAACAUGUGUGGUUUGUGUCUGUCACAAAAGUAUAUGAUAAUUCAGUUAAGUUAUGACUGGUCUGAGUCUCUCACAAAUGAAUGUAAUGUUUCUGUUCAGUUAUGACAGAUCUAUGUCACAGUGAAUGGAAUAUUUAUGUUAAGGUAUGCCAGGUCUAUGUCACAGUGAAUGUGAUAUUUCUGUUAAGUUAUAACUUGUCUGUGUCACAGUGAAUGUAAUACUUCUGAUAAGUUAUGACUGCUCUAUGUCACAAAAGAAUAUGAGAUUUCUGUUAAGGUAUGACAGGUGUAUAUGAUAUUCCUCUAAAGUUAUGAACUGCUGUAUAUCACAAGUGAAUUUGAUAUUUCAGUUAAGGUAUGGCUUGUCUACGUCUGUCACUUUUGUAAAUAUUUUGGUAAAGAUAUGAUUGGUGUAAUCUUUACAAAAUUCAUUAGUCAGUUAACAUGACAUAUAAAGUACUUAUUACACUCACAUGUAUUGACAAUAUUCAUGAUUUAUUGCUUAUGGAUGGGAAUGAAAUGUCAUCUUGCAUUAUUUCAGGGUUAAAAUACAAAAAUAUUUUAUAUCAAUAGACUUAUACUUAAUUAUUGCUGAAAUAUUUUUGAUUUGAGACUUUUUUUGGUUUAAAUCUGAUAUAGAAAAGGCAAACUAUAACAUUAGUUGCUUAUUAUUUUAUUUUACAAAAUAUUCAAUGGAAAAAUUGAAGUGGAUUUUCUUCACUGCACCUAACUCCUUAUUCCUACUGAAAGUGAAAUCACAUAAGCCAUUAGAUCUAGUUCCUGAAUGGAUAUUCAGGGUCUAAUUAACAUCCUGAAUAUUUUUUUUUAAUGAGUUGUAGAUUGAAUUGUCAUAACAGUCAGGUUUAAUGUCUAUCAUAACGCAUAAUAUUCAAAAUGUUUAUAAAUAGUAUCAAGUAUUUGUGACAAAGGUGUGUCACAUGAUGUACAAGACUUGUGCCCAGUGGUAUUAAAGAGCUGACCAUUUGUUUCUUGUUCUCAAUUCACAUGAUGUUUAGUAGUUUCAGACAAACUGCUAACUGCUUGUGUACUGUCUUUUGCAUUACAAUAAAAUUACUUUAAACAUGUA